AUGGCCACAGGUCCGCGCCCGAAGGAUGCAACCGCCGCAGAACCCUUGUUGGCUCCCGCAUGGGUUAAUCCCGACCUUGGCAGGCUAAUGGUCGUUCACAAGGACGUGAUAACACCGGCAACGGAUGGAAAUAGCAGUGAUAGCGAUAGCAGUGCCAGCACCAGCACCAGCACCAGCACCAGCACCAAAAGCUAUUACAAGUCAUGGGCCGAGUCUCUUGUCGACCUACCAGCCGGUGCCAUUUUCGCCCGAAUCAACGGCGUCACGCCCACAUCCAAACGAGACUACGACACCGUCCAGAGCGGGAUCUCAUCUCACUUCAUCUGGAACUCUGACCUAUACUACUGCAAUCACUCGUGCUCCCCUACCCUCGAAUGCGACACAUCAACAUGGGAGGUCAGAGUAAGCCGCGACCGCCCGCUCCGCAAGGGUGACGUCCUGUCAGUCUUCUACCCCAGUACCGAGUGGAUCAUGGCGCGACUGGAAUGCCACUUUGAGGUCUCUAUGGUCGGCCGUUGCUCGAGAGGUCGUCGUCGGCCAGCGCGCAAUUCGGACAGAGCGUCAAUAUCUGGUGCUUCAAACACAACAGUCGAGGGUGGCUCACGGGGUCCGAAUGUGACCACAGAUCGGUCAUACGACAUGGAACCUUCCAUCUCCAAUGUAACAGGACGACAUCCUCGCUCUCAUGCACUGAGUAUGGGGAACACAGUUGACACGACUGAUGUUGGGGCUUCCCCUGCAGAUGCCGAUCUACUGCCCUUCAUCGACUGGGGUCUGUUUUCUGAGAACGAUCAUCUCGGAAUGGCAGCCGAGGAUGGGAACAGUAUCGAUAUGCUCUCGGAUCUCGGUCACUUUAAUACUGACGAUACUCUUUGGAGCAACGUGGACAAUCUGGAUAUGCCAAGCCCUUUCGAAACAUCCGCACCUGGGUUGUCUAUGGCCUCUGCAUUUCCUACUGCAGCUCUGCCAACGCCACCUGCAUCAGCUGCAGGCCGCACAAAGCGACCUACAAAUCCUUACUCUUCUUUCGGAGGUGUACCUGCAUCUGUUAGCAGCAACCUUAUGUCCCAGCUUCGACAGCCACAGUCAAAGGGGUCAGGGGACACUACCACAGCAGCCAGUCGGCCAGGUAUCGGUGUCUUUGUUAAGGUUAUAUCCACCCUCGAGGCCGAGCUCGGUAACCUACCGCCUAGCAUUGAUAGGACGAUGCAUGUUGUCAACACAAGCACAAAGUCGGUACACCGAGUGUCACAGUGCCCGCCAACCCAGUUGGGAAUUGCUGGGCUUAUGUUGGCACUUGUAUCUAUUGACAUGAUUCUGAUACUCAUCGAAAGUAGAAUCUCACGAUGGAGGGAAUGUAGAACCACUGAACUGGACCAACGAAACUUCCAAGAUUCUUUUCCUGGCACUCCAAGGCUAAGUGACAGCGGACAUGGUCAGCGCGAUCAACUUCUGCUAGGUCACUACAAGGCAGAGAGUGAGGAAACAGAUGUGAUAUGGAGACACAUCAUUAUUGCAGAACUCAGGCGGGUACGGAAGUUGAUACAGGGGUUGAAUGGUCAUCUUGAAGAUCCUAGACACAGUGUAAAGGUGCCUGUGGAGCGAUUGCGAACUUCGUGCGCUCAUAUGGAUCAUAGGGCAGCACUUCUGAUGACAACAUUGCAGAGAUAUGAUCAGAAUACAGGGACGAGUAUGGCUUCUGCUUUCUAG